AUGCUAAGCAAAAAAUCAUCACAAUGGAUCCAACAAGCAGUACAGGAACGUCAUAUAGAAUUUAUUCCUUAUGAUUCAUUCACGAAACAUGAAGAGAUAGCUCGAGGCGCAUAUGGUGAAGUUACAAAAGCAUACUGGCCAACCGCUGAGAAAACUGUUGCUUUAAAAUCUUUAUUUGAUAAUUACGAUUCUGAAGCCGUAGAUGAUAAGGGUUUUGACGAUUUUGUUAAAGAGUUUAAAUUGAUUCGAUCAGUACAUUUUCAUGAUAAUGUUAUUCGAGUUUUUGGAAUUAGUCAAGUCAAAAGUGGAGAGAGAGAAAAACCGGUAGAUGGAACACCGGAUGAUUAUCGGAAGCUAUAUGAGAAGGCAUGGAGUCAAAAUCCGAAGGAUAGACCAGAUAUUAAUGAGGUUAAAGAGAAGUUGGAGGAGAUGUUAGGUGAAGGUAAAAAGGGCGAUAAUUCGAUCGGGUCUCUUACGAAUAACAUGAACGCAUUGAACACUGCUUUGCCAAAAUCACCAUCCUUACCAAAGAUUCCAUUUAACCAACCAAACAAUAAUGCUAAUAAACGGUUUUCUCAAAAUAAUGUUCCGCCAACUUAUCAACCGGGAGGAUUUAAUCCAAACUUUGGUUAUAACGGUCGUUCUAAUACUGAACCAAAUCUUAUGCAAAAUUAUACUCCACAGCCAAUUUAUCAACCAAUGACAUCAUACGCCAAUAACAACGUUAUACCUCAGCGUCCUCUAAUACCUCAAUACACUAUGAACGAAGCUCAUAACAUUAACAUGAACCAAGGAAUGGUGGCAGCGGUUCAACAGCAACAAUUUCCUAAUAAUGCUUCCAAUGUAAAAUAUUCUUCUGGAAUGAAUAAUCAUUUUCAACAGCAACCUCUUUAUCCCACUGUGAAUGCUGGUCAAUCACAAACAUAUCCUAACAUUAACCAGCAUUUAAUGCCAAACAAUUUUAAUAAUAAUCAACAACAAUUCAAACAAAUCGUACAUCCACCAUCUAACAUGAAUGCUCAACCUAUGACACCGUCUAACAUGAAUGCUCAACCUAUGACACCGUCUAACAUGAAUGUUCAAUCUAUGACACCGUCUAACAUGAAUGUUCAAUCUAUGACACCGUCUAACAUGAACGUUCAAUCUAUGACACCGUCUAACAUGAACGUUCAAUCUAUGACACCGUCUUACAAGCCUAUAAAACCAUCUAACAUGAAUGCUCAACCUACAAUACCAUCUAACAUGAAUGCUCAGCCUAUGAUACCAUCUAACAUGAAUGCCCAGCCUAUGAUACCAUCUAACAUGAAUGUUCAGUCUAUGACACCAACUAACAUGAACGCUCAGCCUAUGCCACCAUCUAACAUGAAUGCUCAGCCUAUGGCACCAUCUAACAUGAAUGCUCAGUCUAUGGCACCAUCUAACAUGAAUGCUCAGUCUAUGGCACCAUCUAACAUGAACGCUCAGCCUAUGACACCAUCUAACAUGAAUGCUCAGCUUAUGACACCUUCUAACAUGAGUGCUCAACCCGUGAUAAAUGUAUCCACAAUAAAUACUCCACCACCUUUUCUACCAUCAGUUCCUAAUUCUGGGUAUUCUAACAACAAUACUACGAGUAAUCUUAAUCACCAAGUUUUGGGAAGUAAUUUUAACCAACAAGUCAUAGGAAAUAAUCAGUUUCCAGGAAGUAAUUAUAACCAGCAAGUUCCAGGAAAUAACUUUAAUCAUCAUUCAUUCACUGGAUGCGCACAAAUACUAGAAAAAUACGCUGUCAGCUACAAAACUGUGAAGCCUGCAAAAUGCCAUGCCGGCUAUCACGCUGGAUUAGGUGACAUCGAGGGCUUAAAAUAUCACCUAUCAUGUGGUGAAAGUAUUACUAGCACAUAUGAAUUUAAUGAUACAGCCGAUUAUUUAUGUAUUAUAGUUGCAAAGUUUUGUAGCGAUAUUAAAAUGGUUGAAGAAAUUUUUAAUUUGUUAAGAUAUCCUUACGGUCCAUUGAAUGAUCCUAAUAAUCUCUCGUGGAUUUCAGUAAAGAACAAUAGAACGGUGUUACAUUAUUUAACCACAAAUAAAAAUUUAACAAGUGAUAUAGAUGUUUCAAAAGAAAAAAAGAAAACAGCAGAUGCAGAUGAAGUUUCAGAAGGUCAAAGGAAAAUGGAUAGGUUUCAUCAUCAUAUUAAGAAAGUGAUAGAAUUUUUAGUUGUUAAUGGAUGCGAUAUAAAUACAAAGGAUGAGAAAGGAUACACUGUUUUGAGUCUUUAUUUGACAAAGACAGCUUUUCAGGCUGGAUUCACAAGAGUUAUUGAAAUACUAUUGAAUAACGGUGCAGAUCCAAAUGUUAGCAUUACCAUUAAGAGUAGAAGUCUUAGUAAAGGAUCUAGUGCGAAAUUUGAAAUACCCAAUAUGACGAGCAACAACGGAAGUACGAAUAAUCCUGGGGCAGCAGAGGGAUAUAUUACGUUUCCAAACAUGUUAUUCUUGGCAAUCUGGUACAGAUGGCCAACUAGAAUUCUCAAUUUAUUAAAAGAACAUAAGGUGGAUAUAGAUAAAGAAUACGAGAAUUUAGAUAAUUUAGGUAAUCUGUUGAAAAUGUGUUUACAAAAGUCAAAAAAUGGAAAAAAUAAUCAAGUUAGUUAUAUAGAUGGAUUAAAAUGGGUAUUGAAUAAUGUACCAAAUGUAUGCACUAGCGAGAAUCUAAUAGCAGUAAAAAAACUCACAGAAAAGGAUAGUGAAGAACGGAAAGUGAUCAAAGAGAAAAUAGGGAAGAAGAAGUGGAAGUUGUUUUAA